AUGGUUGUUAAGCCUUUUGUUGUUGUGGCUUUAUGUUUUUUGGUUUGUGCAACUCAUAUUGUGUAUGGUAACUAUCUUGUUCGAGAGGAGAAGUCAUCUUUUGGAUGUAAUGUAGUAGACAACCCACUUCAAUUGGCGAUCAAACGUCGUGCCAUAUCGCAUAUGGGUUUGCAUGUCGUUGAAGAGUUGGUUCAUGCUUUGGGUAAAGUACCUUAUGACCAAGAUGGAGGAGAGACGAAAGAACAAAUGAAAUUUAGGUUCAUAAAUAAUUCUGAAGAAAACGCCAAUAGCGGGAUUAAAAAUGUAGAACGAGAAGGUUCUCGUGGUGGCAUUGCUGGUAGCACACCUUGA